UAUUGUAAACUAGCCUAUAUUUAUUGCGACACACCAAAAAAAAAAACAAAAAAAAGAAUAAAAGUAAUUGCUAGAUGUUAAAAUAAACAUUUGCUAGCUGGUAUUUAUAUUUACAAAUAAAAUCUUCAAUAAACAUUAUUAACAACAAAGAAAGAAAAAAAAAACAACAACAACAACAACAACAAUAACAAGCUUUAAAAAAAUAAACAAAAAGAAUAAAAAAAUAAUAAACAGUGAUGGAGGAUGAAAAUCCUAUCAGAUUGAUGGAUGCUAUAAUUAUUGCUCAAGGUAAUAUUCCUAGCGACGAUGAUUAUAAUAAUCUUGAAGAAGAAGAAGAAGGAGAAGAAGAUGAUAAUGAUAAUUACGUAACUGAUGCAUUAUCAAAUGAAAAUGAUGACAACGGAGAUGCCAUCAGGGUGAUAAACGCUAUGAUUGUUGUUCAUAAUAAUGUUGAUGAUGAAGAAGAAAGAGAAGAUGAUAAUAAUGACGAAGGUGUUGAUGAUCGUGAUAAUUACGUAGCUGAUGAAGAUGAUGACGACGAAGACAAUGAAAAUCAUCCAGAUACCAAUGAAAUUGAUUCUGUUGAAAUUAUACCCGACAACACAUUUGACAUGACAUUAUCAACAUCACACUCUUAUUUAGGAAAUGAUCUUGAAGUGUUACGUGGUCGUACACUUCUUGAUAAUGGCAUUUACAUGGAUCUUCCACUUUUAGCUGAUAACACAGUUAUUUUAUUUCCUGGUCAAACACUUCCAAUGAUGGUUAAAUAUGAUGCUCGAACAAUUGACAUGAUACGUAAAUGUAUGCUUAAAGAACGUACAUUUGGUGUUGCUUCAUUUAAUUAUGACAAAGGUUUACCAAUUGGUACAACUGCUGAAAUUUAUGAAUAUUCAGAGAGUCAACGAGGCGAAGGAGUUAAAAUGAAAGCUAAAGGUCGACAAAGAUUUAAAAUACUUAAAAUAAGAGCAGGAGGUGGAAGAUUUUCAGCUGAUGUUAAAAUUUUACCAGAAAUUGAAUUAGGUCCACCAUUUUUUGAGGAUCGUUUAAAAUCACUUGAUUGUUUACGAAUAAUUCCGACUAAUGAUAUUGAAGCUAAAAAACAAAAUAUUGUCACAAAAAGAGAAUCAAUAUUAACACCAUGGCCAGCUUGGGUUUAUCAUAACUAUGAUGCACGAAGAUUAGUUAUUAAAAUUCAUAAUUAUCUUCGUUUUGUACGAUCAAGAGGAAGUAAUAUUCCAACAGAUCCAAUUGAAUUAUCAUAUUGGGUUGCUCAAAAUGUCAUUGUCAAAGAUGAAACAAAAAAAAAAUUACUUAAAUUUGAUUGUGCAAUAAAUAGACUCCAAAAAGAAUCAAAAAUACUUGAAAAAUUAUUUGAAAAAUUAUUUGUAUGUAUUAAAUGUCGUAGUAAAAUUGGUAAACAAUGUGAUGUAUUUCCAAUGAAUAUGGAAGGUCCACAAUCAGCAUACUGUAAUCCUCAUGGUGCAAUUCAUGAAACAGUUACACUUUACAAAGCAACAAAUAUUGUACUAAGAAGAGAACCACCAUCAAUUGAAUGCAGUUGGUUUCCUGGAUACGCCUGGACAAUAGCAUGUUGUUCAACAUGUGGUGAUCACAAAGGAUGGAAAUUUACUGCAACAGAAUCACAUCAAAGACCAAAAUAUUUUUGGGGUCUUACUAGAGCUUCUCUUGUUUGGCAAAAUCCACCAAGAAAAAAGAAAAAAAAUAAUCAUGAUGAUGAUGUUGAUGAUGUCGAUGAUGAUGAUGAAAAAGAAUAUGACUCUGAUGAUUCUGCUUUUGAUGAAAAUAAUACUGAUAAUAAUUGAUUAUUCUUAAUAAUAUAUUUGUUUAAUUUUUGGUUACUUAAUAUCAUUUAUUUAGGAUUAAUAAAUAAUAACAAUAAAAAUAAUUUUAAUUUUAUAAAUUUAAUAAUUAUUUAAAAUAAUUCAUGACAAUAUUUUAUCCAAUUUUGUAUUUUAAUUAUUAUUAUCAAUACGAUAUACACAUUAAUUAACUUAUCAAGCUUUAUACAUUUGUCUAUUUAUUUAUUUAUUUAUUUAUUUUCAAUAAUCACGUUCAGUCAAUUAUUUAUUAAUUUUUUUAAUUUUCAUUUGUCAUUAAUUUGCAUGCACUCUCAUAUUUUAUUAUCAUAUAAAUUCUUAAAUUAAUUUCAUAUGAAAAUGUUUACAUUAAUUAUUUAUAAUUAUAUAUACAAAUCGUUUUUUUUUUUUUUUAAAUUUUUUUAAUAACGAUUUUAUAUAAAUGAACUUGAUUUUUAUUAUUUUUGAUAAUGGACCACAUUUUUGACUUUAAUCUCAUUUUGUGUAUUUACUAUUUUUAUUAACUAUUUUAUGAUUUUUUUAAUAUUUAUUUUAACUUCAUGAUGAUUUUGUAAAUUUGAAAAAAAUAACAGGCAACCAUUUGGCUCGUCUAGCAAUUCCUUUUCAAUUUAUUUUAGACAAUGGACGAUAAAAUCAACAUGAUUAUUACAAAAAAAAAAAAAAAAUCAUUAAACAAAAAAAAAGUGGCAGUGAUUUUUGUUUUGUCAAGUCCAUACUUAAAUAAUUAGUAUAAAAAAGAAAAUAAAUUGAAAAUGUUUAUAUUUAAGUUGGAUAACAGCAUGUUUAUAAACCGCCGGAAUAAUUAUUUAAUUAACACACAUAUACUGUACA